AUGUUGGACAUGUGGACUACCCGCCUUGGUGCCAGGAUUUGGGUGUUAAGUACAGUUGUUUUAACACUGAUGUUGACUGGGUGUUCCUUUGCAUCUAUCAUAGCGGAAAUGCAUAUCCCUCGAGGUAGCCGUGUGAAUAUGUUUGAUCUGUACAACAUGAAUGGUGUGGAAUGCAGCGUUUCCGGUUCCGGUAUGUUUCGGAGCAAGAACAUCGAUAUCAGCAGAAGAAUAGAUUGCCCUUUCCAGGUUUGGAUAUUCUUUGAUCUAUUUGAGUAUAGUAUCAGAAUUGAUCCAUCCUCUCGAUCAACAAACCUGAAAGCAUGGAUGAAGCAGAAGCCUUCUUUCAUUUUCCCCUCGGAUAUCCCUGGAUAUCGUAAUGUCACCUUGGAUACCGGGGUAUCUGACUAUGACUUCAUCCUGUAUGAUGAUAGUGAUAACGACAUACGAGCGGCUGUAUACAAUAAACGUGAUGACGUCACUAGGCCAAGGUUCUUCUACAGCUCCAACGGUAAAUCACAGACUGCUUUACAAGAUAGUCUUACUAAUCCAGACACCAGCACUACCUUUAGAGAAGCAAGCAUGAUGCAGAUUCGACUUGUGUUCAAUGAUACAUGUGACCCAGUUCUGACAACAAAGUACUACAACACAUGUUCUGAAGCGUUAGAUACCGAGUACUGUCCCUGUGACUGUGCGUACUACGACAAAAUGAAAUACUGGGAAGACAAUGCCCUACCAGCAGACAUGACGGAUGAUGAAAAGAAAGAGACGGUCAGACCAGAAAUGGAGGCGACAAAGAAACAAUUGACUGUCAACAAGACAGACUUAUCUUCCUUCCGUAACAAGAAAAUCAGCGCCGCUGACAGCCGAUCGUCAGCCAAAGGUCUCGGGAUGCUUGGGGCUAUUAUGCUGGGACUCAUUUUUGGUUCUCUCGUCCUGUGUGACAUUGUGUCUCUGAAAACACACGCAACCAAUCUGGGGUGGAACUGUUCAUGUUUGAAACGUCAAACCUGA